AUGGAACCCAAUGCGGAUAUAGUCCAAAUUUUCGGUCCGCCGCCGGACGGCCUGGACAUUUCCGAGAGCAGCGUCGUCCAGAACAAUGCUGCCGUCAUUGUCCUGGCAGUCCUGGCAUCGUUGGCGGUGGUGUUGCGGCUGAUGGCCAGAUACCUCCAAGGCCAUAACCUCAAGGCGGACGAUUGGGCCAUCAUUGCGUCUCUUAUUCUCGUCGGUGCCACCGUCGGUCUGAGCAUCGCAGGCGGUGCCCAAGGCGCUGGGAACCAUGUGUGGUCCUUUACGCCUCUGGGUCUGACACGCGUUUUCAAGAUCCUUUACGCCUACACCUUCGUGUACGGGAGCGCCUGCGCGGCCACCAAAAUCUCCAUCCUGCUCUUCUACCAGCGGAUCUUCGUGUCCAACAUCCCGUCCUUCAAGAUCUCUCUGAUCCUUGGGUACUUCCUGUCCAUCACCUAUCCGAUCGUCAUAUGGGCAACAAUGGGGAACGCCUGCAAACCGCUGCCCUUCUACUGGAACCAGUUCGUCGGCGAGCAGGGGACCUGCCUCGACCUCAACACAUUCUACCUCGCGCUCGGGAUCAUCAACAUGAUCAACGAUAUCAUUGUUUUAGUGAUACCGAUACCUCAAGUCUUGAAGUUGCAGAUGUCUGGACGGAGGAAGCUGGCUGUAUGCAGUAUCAUGUUGCUCGGGAGCUUUGUUUGUGUUGCUAGCGCCGUCCGCAUCUGGUACCUAGAGAGGUUUUCCAAGGCCCAAGACGUCACUUGGAUGAUGGGCCCGGUCUUCAUCUGGUCCGCCAUUGAGCCGUCCGUGGCCAUCGUGUCCGCCUGCCUCGCCCAUCUCGCCCCCCUCCGAAAGAUCGUCCGCAACAAGAUCUCGUCGACGCAGCGCAGCGCGCAAUCCGGGCCGUCGUCGAACAGCGCGCCGUGGAGGUCCGGCAAGGCGGCCGGCAACAGCAGCUCGCAGAAGGGGUCCGGCGCGCUGUUCACGUACGGCGGGUCGAGGUUCAACUUUGGCGGCGGGGAUGGCAUGCUGAAGCUGAAGGGGUCCGACGACGAGAUCGGCCUCACGAACCGCAUCACGGGAGGGCGUAGUGGUGAUGGCAAAACCACCACUGCUGAUUCGGGGUCGGAGGAUAACGUGAACGGGCAGUCGAUUGUGAUACAGUCGAGUUUUGUCCAGGAAAGUGUGAGAAACACACGUUGA